AUGCCUGGUCUGCCCGGUAAGGCACAGACACCGACACCGCCGCCUUUCGUCGCGUACUGAUCACGACGGAACAGCCAGCGUAGACCUCGAUGAAUGCAUCGCGCGCCUCUACCGGAAGGAGCUCCUCGCCGACUCCGUCAUCGAAGCAAUAUGCGCCAAGACAAAAGAGCUGUUGAUGAAGGAGAGCAAUGUCGUCCACAUCCAGGCGCCUGUCACAGUUGUCGGAGACAUCCACGGACAGUUCUUCGACAUGAUUGAGAUUUUCAAGAUUGGUGGCUACUGUCCGGACACGAACUACCUGUUUCUCGGUAGGUUACGACAUCACUGGAUACAUUGUACUUUGUACGCCUGGCGCUGAUUCUUCAUAGGCGAUUACGUCGACCGCGGUCUCUUUAGCAUCGAGACAAUAUCUCUCCUGGUCUGCCUCAAACUCCGCUACCCACAGCGCGUACAUCUGAUACGUGGCAAUCAUGAGAGCCGAGGCGUGACACAAUCCUACGGCUUCUACACCGAAUGCAGCCGCAAAUACGGCACUCCCGCCGUCUGGCACUACUUCACCGACAUGUUCGACUACCUGAGCCUUUCUUGCGUGAUUGACGACAAGAUCUUCUGCGUACAUGGCGGCUUGAGCCCUUCAAUUCACACUAUCGACCAGAUCAAAAUCAUCGACCGCUUCCGAGAAAUCCCACACGAAGGUCCAAUGGCAGAUCUCGUGUGGUCCGACCCGGAUGGAGAACGGGAUGAGUUCAGCUUGAGCCCACGUGGAGCAGGGUACACCUUUGGUGCGCAAGUUGUCAAGAAGUUCCUCGAGGUCAACAGCAUGACGCAUAUCCUGCGCGCACACCAACUCUGCAACGAAGGCUAUAUGGUCAUGUUUGAUGAUCGACUGUCAACAGUCUGGAGCGCACCCAACUACUGCUACAGAUGCGGUAACCUUGCCAGCGUCCUCGAAGUCGGCCCUGGUGGCGAACGGAAAUGGAAUGUUUUUGACGCCGCACCGGAGAACGAAGCCCAUAGAAUGGAACAACAGCAACAGCAGCAGCAGCAUGCCGGAAACGAUCCGGUGCGGGAUUAUUUUCUCUGA